UCUUUUAAACUCAAGGAACCGGCGAGUAGUCAAAACUCUUGAGCUCGUUCGUACGCACAUAACGCAAGGAAUCAUCGGCAUCGAAGUAAAGAAGACCACGAACAACCGUCCGCCUCCAUGGAUCUUCGUCCUCACUUCCUCCACCAUUCCUCCAGGUAUGCUCCUCUUCCCCACCCUCAUCCUCCUCUUCCUCCUCCUCCUCCUGCUUCUGCUUCCACUCCUCACCCUCAGUUCCCCGAAACCUCCAAUUUCCAUCCCCACCACCACAACCGCUACCUUUCUCAGUCUCAGCCUCUGCCACAGCCACCGCCGCCUCUACCUCAUAUUUCAACUCUCCCUCGUUCUUACCAGCAAUCCCUCCCUCCCCCCCCUCCUCCUCCUCCAUCACAACACCACCACCACAAACAAUACAACCCUAAUCAGCCCCAAUUCGCUUUCUCCUCCGCCACUUAUGCCCACCCAGUUCAAGAUUUCACCCAAGUUCGCCGAAUUGAUGACCGCCCUCGUCACCGGUUGCCAGAAUUAGACCGCACCCGCCCCGAUUUCUCUGACCCGUCUAGGGUUCUGCCCGAUACCCACCACCGCUCCACUGAGAAGCCUUACCACCCGCCUCUCGUUUUGGAUCGAAACGACGCACAUCAGCGUCAGCGCUUGUUUGAUCGGCUGGCCGAUCAGUUUAGGCAUGAUUCAGAGGGUAGUUCCAGGUUCAGAGUAGAAUACGAUGAUGGGUUUGAUCCAAACCACAGACAUGAAAACUUGGUUUGGGGUCGUGGCGAUGACAAUUUUCAUCGCCGAGGUCAUGUUCUAUCUAAUUCUGAUACAUCUUCUCGUGAUUUUGGAUUUGUUUCUAAUUCAAGGGAUAUUGAACCAAACUCGGGUGUUUAUGAUUACCGAUUUGGCUCGGUUCAUGAUAAUGAGGCAUAUAGGAGUGGUAGAAGUGAUGGAGGUCAUGAUAGACAAGCCUCCAGAGACGCAAGUGAUUUGUUGUAUGAGAUGGGAAGCAAUGAGAUUGGUGAUGGUGAAGGGGUUCACAUUGGUUCAACGAAGCAUGAGUAUUACGGUUUGGACGUUGCAAGAUAUGAUCAUAAUAGAGGGAGCAGGGAGGGUAGUCGUGAAUAUAAUCAUAUUCACACCCCGAGGAAACAAAUACAGAAGAAGAGUGCUUUUCUGAGAAUUCAGAUGGCCAAACCUAAUCACAGGAGUAGAGAGAGUGAGCGGUCACAUUAUUCUGGUUAUUUUGAUAAAACCAACUCUGGUUCCUUUAGAGGUAGAGAUCAAUAUAUGAAUUCGGGAUAUGGGAUGGAAGAAGAAGACGAACAGGAGAGACAGGGAAGCCCUGUAGAGCUCGAUGUUUCUUUCAAAUCUAACUCAUUGGUGGCCAAGGCAAUUGUGGCACCGUCUAGCUCAGCAGUUGUUUCUGAUGCAGAUUUGACCCCUAGAAAUGAAAAAACUAGGAAAGUCUCUGAUGGAGAUCGUUCAAAUUCCCGACUGAAUAAACUCAAUGUGGGCGCUGUCAAUAUGGAUAGCUCCACAGGUAUUGCUAAUAAGGCUUCCACUUCUAGAAAUGACUCGAAACAGUUUGAAAAGAGAGUAAUGACUUCUGUUGUUGGGAGUGUUCAUGAUGGUAAUUCACAGCCUUGUUCCAGUGGAGCCAGUGUGUCACUAGGGAAGAGUGCAGUGGAAAGGUCUCCUAAGGGUCUGGUUUCGCAUAAAGAUGGUACUGUUGCUGGCUGUGGUAAAACAACUGCCCCCAAGGUUAUAAAGAAGAAGAAAGUUGUAAAGAAAGUUGUGAAGAAAGUUAUAAACCGUCAAUCUCGUAUUUCUAGCUCACAACAAACAAAAAAUUUUGAUGAACCCGUUAAAGCAGAUGACUCCACUCACAAUCCAGCUGCUGCCUCUGGAUCUGAUAAGAAUGCAACACCUUCGGAACAGAUAAGAACUUCUGAUGGCAUGACUUCAAGGUCCAAUGCGUUUUUGCAGCCUUGUACAGAUAAGGUAAAUGUUUUGCCUGAAAAUGACGUGGCAGAUAUAUCUUCAUUGCCCACAUUAUCAUAUGAUUGUGGAAUUAAUAUUGAUUCUAGUAGGAUAUGUGUACCUAGCAUCAAGCGAAAUUUGAACAAUUCAACUUCUCCAUUAGUUUCUUCAAGUCGUGAAGAGAAUAAAAUUGACGAGAGUCCUAUAAAUGCGGAUAAUUCAGUUCAGAGCUCGCAAAGCAUCUCAAAUUCUGACAAUGAUUUACGUAAGCCAUCAAAUGAAAUAAAUUUUUCUGGCGUUGGUAGUGUGGAAAAUGUCAGCAGGCACUGUUAUCUUGAGGGACUCCCUUUAUUGCUUGAGAAAGGUCGAGAAAAAGAAUUUACUAAUGAAAAUAUUAAUUCUGCCUUUUUAAGUUCAGAGGAAAUCAAAAUUCAUGAGGAUAUAACUAAUUCGUGUAGUUCACUCCAUGGUACAGAUGGCAAAUUGGGUUUUGAAAAUGAUAUGGUUAAGUCACAAGAGAAUAGUACAGUUUGUGAUAUUGGCAUCAAGGAUGCGAAUAAAACAGAGCCCGGUACAAAUCAGUUCACCACAUCAUUUGUAAAUAGUACUGUGGAAGAAAUUCAUGAGGGACUGGUGGGAAGCAGUGCGAUACUUGGUUUGUCGAGUUCCGAAGAAAUUGAUAUAUGCCAGGGUCUUGUUUAUGCAGAAUGCUCCAACCAUAGCAGAGAUGCCACCAGGAAUUCUGACAAUGGUCAUAGUAGUUUAGAAGAGAAGAAGAAUAAUGUUUUCAACAGAGGGACCAUCAAUAAUGCUGCCAAGCAUCCAUCUCCAGGUGGGGCUACUGUGUCACAUGAGAGUUUUGGAGUAGAAGAAUCUUUAAAUGGCAUGGUUUUGGUCAGAGCUUGUGAGGGUAACACACUUAAGAUUAAGAAGAGGAGAAAUACAAGGACUCAGUUAGAUUUCUCAAAUUUGACUGACAUAUAUGUAGAGCCUGUCAAUGAUUCAGUUUGCCCUGAAACCCCAGCGAAUACAACCUUAAAUUUAUCUGUUAAGGGUUCAUGUCCCGUGGAAGUUGCAGUUUCAGAUGUUGGAAGUUUGGAUGUUGGUGUACUACCUGGUGUCGAUGGCAUCAGUGAGCUGCAUGCAAAAAGUUCAGUACCUGGGUUAUCUGAAGUUAAGUUCACAGUAAAAAAUGAUGUUCAUGGUUAUCUGAAUGAGACUUCACCCAGAUACAAAAAGAAGAGAGGGGUUUCUGUCUCUGAUUCAGCAUUGUCUAGGCCGACUGUAUCUGAGACCAAUGAGGGACCCACAGGCACAUCCACAUGUUGUGCAGAAGUGUCCCUAACUAGCAAUGAUGAUCUAACACAACAAGAAGGGGAAGUAGCAGUGUCUAGCAUAAACAAUAUUUGUAGUACUGGUUUCACUGUGUUGAUUGAGAACACUUCAGAGGUACGAUUUGCUGAGGCUGUGGGUGCAACAAGGGAUGUCUUAUCAGAUGAUUAUUUGAAACUUUUCGAUGUAGGUGUUGAAUCUUGUUCACAUGCUGGGGAUCCAAAUGCACGGUCCCCUUGUCCAUCAGGGUUUGGUAGUGAGCAGAAAGAAAAUAGUGCUCCAUUUAUAGCCGAUAACAUUAAUCAAAAUGACGUUAUGGAUAUAGACACUAGUGGUGGAGAAAAAAUGGAGGUACAUGAUGCAAAAAAUAAAGUUCUGAUUCAUGGUGAGACGCCUCAGUGCAAAGUUACUUCUGAACCUCAGUCCCCAGACUUAUACCAAAGACUUUCCAAUUCAGAUAUGGAAUCUGAUUAUCUUCUUGUGAAGGAUGAUUUACCUCCAGGGUCAAACUAUCUGUCUUUAUCUGAUGAUGGUGCUGGAGUUUCUUCAUCUAACACUAAUGAUGAAGUUAUGGAUGCUGUGUCUGGAACACUUCCAGAUAUAGGUCUUCCAGAAAUCUCGGCUGAAGUCCUGAGCAUACACAUGUUAAAUUGCAAAGCAUCACCAGGCCAACUUUCCAAUGAGAAGGUAUGUGGGGAUGACAAAAAUUUUAAUCAGAAAACUGUUGUUGAAGUCAGUUCCAAUACACCUGCUCAUACUUCAUUUCCACAGUCCACCAAGCUCAACCUUGCAACUGAAAUUGACCACCCAAUAAUGGGGAAGACAGUGCCAUUACCAUCACAAGAUUCCAAACUUACAUCUCACAGUCUAAAUCUCACGAGUGCAGAAUUAAUGGGAAGCAAGACACAGCUGAUUCAUUCCCUUCCUAAGACUUUUCGAGGCCAUUCAUCAUUUUUUUCAAACAAUUCAAAGAAGACAGCCUCUUCUACCCAUAUUGGAAAGCCCCGAACUUGGCAUCGAACUGGUAAUCCUUCUGUUCCUCCUCUGUCAGGAAAUAAGCCUUUCUCAAAUACCUUUCCUCCCAGAAGGAAGUUGGUGGAAGAUAAUGGGAGGCCUCUAAGUACUUCUUACAUUCGUAAAGGCAACAGUCUUGUAAGAAAACCUGCUCUAGUUGCUGCACAACAUCAGGGUUCUCAUGGUUUGAGUUCAUCUGUAUAUCGGGCGAACUCUUCGGUUACAGGUGAGUCGAGGAAGAGUACAGGGUCUGAUGGUAGGUUUGAUGAUACUGACCCACAGAACCUUCUGAGAACAGGAAUGCAUGCUCCUAUUGAGAGGCCUGGGACACCUCCAUUACCCAAUGGCACCAAAUUACCUACUCAAAAUGCUGUUUCUUCUGGGGAUAAAUCAUCUUCCUCACAGGUGGAGCAUCCUUAUCGUGUUUGCUGUGAAACUACAUCAGAUCCCAUGAAACUUACAGAAGCUAACAAUUUGACAAAGACCGCUGAAGAUUCUUUGAAGAUUUCUGAAAUUUCUGAAAAUCUUUCUGGCACAUCAAACAACUUGGAAAGCCAAACUGAGCUAAGUGACGGGAAUGUUUCGUCUUUUAACACAAGGAGGAUAGUAUAUGUAAAACGCAAAUCAAAUCAGCUGAUUGCAACCUCAAGCCCUUGUGAUCUGUCUGUACAAAAUGGCAGUAAAGUUCAAGCAGGCUCUGAGGGCUAUUACAAGAGGAGCAAAAAUCAGCUUAUUAGGGCUUCUUUGGAAAAUCAGAUCAAGCAAUCAGUUGCCGUGUGUGAUGACCUUUUAAAUUCAGAAAGGCAACAGGCUCCUAAGGUUGUUUCUAGCCGAAAAUUUAGUAAGAGGCGACUACAUAAGGUUGUGGCAAAGACAUGUAAACCUAUGAAAUCCUCUUUGGUGUGGACACUACGUGGCAUGCAGUCCUCUAAAGAUGAACGUGAUUCUUUGCAUCAUCAGAAGGUCAUGCCUCACCUCUUUCCCUGGAAAAGAGGAACAUACUGGAGGAGUUUCGUGCACGAUCAAAUUCCCAUUUCCAAUAAUAGUUCCUUAUCUAUGAUCAGUAGGAAAUUGCUGCUCUUGAGAAGAAGGGAUACUGUUUAUACAAGGUCAAUCAAUGGAUUUUCACUUCGUAAAUUUAAGGUAUUAAGUGUUGGUGGGUCUAGUCUUAAAUGGUCAAAAUCCAUUGAGAAGAACUCAAAGAAAGCUAAUGAGGAAGCUACACUGGCAGUUGCUGCGGUUGAGAGGAAGAAAAGAGAACAGAAUGGUGCUGCACGCAGUAGUUCUCGGACAAAGAAUAGAAACCAUUCUUCCCGAGAACGGAUAUUCCGCAUUGGUUCAGUUCGCUACAAGAUGGAUCCCACAAAGCAGACGCUUCAGAGGAUAUCAGAUGAUGAGUGUACAGGUUCUACUGCUGCUACAUCAGAAAAAGAUGCCAAGAAAUCUUACAUUCCAAGGAGAUUAGUGAUUGACAAUGAUGAGUAUGUCCGGAUUGGCAAUGGUAACCAGCUUAUUAGAGAUCCAAAGAAACGAACUCGCAAAUUGGCAAGUGAGAAAGUUAGAUGGAGUUUGCAUACUGCCAGACUUAGGUUAGCUAGAAAACGAAAGUACUGUCAGUUCUUUACGAGAUUUGGGAAAUGCAAUAAAGAUGAUGGGAAAUGUCCCUAUAUCCACGAUUCCUCCAAGAUUGCUGUCUGCACAAAGUUUCUGAAUGGUUUAUGUUCAAAUCCCAACUGCAAAUUGACUCAUAAGGUCAUUCCAGAAAGAAUGCCUGAUUGUUCUUACUUUUUACAAGGUUUAUGCAACAACAGAAGUUGUCCUUAUAGACACGUGAAUGUGAAUCCAAAGGCCUCUCCUUGUGAAGGAUUUCUAAGGGGCUAUUGCGCUGAUGGUAACGAGUGUCGGAAGAAGCACAGCUAUGUCUGCCCCGUUUUUGAAGCAACAGGAACCUGUCCUCAAGGGUCCAAGUGCAAACUUCAUCACCCAAAAAACCGAAGUAAGGGAAAGAAAAGGAAACGGGUGGGCGCACAGAAGAAUGCUCGAGGGCGUUACUUUGGCUCUAUGCAUAUCAAUGUUUCUGAGCAUGGAACAACAGUUUUUGAAAAAAACUCCUCACAAAACAAUGACGACAUUUUACUCGAAGGAAAAUUUGCUGAUUACAUCGGCGUCGACGUCAGUGAUGAAGAAGUUGGUGAAAGUAAUGAUCCAGCAAGCGAGCAAACAUUUUGUGACAGUGAUUUGUCAGAUGUACAAUUUGAUGAUCUUGAUCAGCUAAUAAAACCAGUUCGUAUAAUGAAUAACAAAUUUGACGACUGAAGAAGUAUCUCCAGAAGGUGACUGCUAAGUGAAAGCAUGCAACAAACACCAUGGAGGAAUAGAGUGUGUUGUAAAUACCAUAAAACAAUAUUUCUUUUUCUUUUUGUUUUUGUUUUUUUGGAACUGACAGUUUCUUGUUUUCUGCCAUUGCAGAACAAUUUUGUAUGCUGCUCGGGCAUUUGCUCUGUUUGUACAUUUACAGAAGCUACUUACUGAAGCAAUAAAGCAUUUUAAUAUCAUAUCA